CAGAUAGACAACAAGACACAGAAUCACAACAAACUAGAAAGCAACAACGUUAUAAUGCAUCUAAAACUAGCAACAAAUGUAACAAGAAUAUCGUACCAAGCCUUAUCUUCAUCAUGUCUGAAACGAGGAUUCACCACUCGUAGCCACACUGCAGACCCUGAUAUUCAUUCAGGACAACAAAAACCUGGUUACACUAAUACCAGAGUUUCACCCGAAGGUACAAGUAGAGGUGAUAGUGACACAAAUACUAAGUUUGCUGAAACAGAUAAAGAAGAAGGAAUUUUUGAGUCACCAAAAUCUCCAUAUGAAUCAUCACCAAAACUAAAGAGCAAUGGAGUGAACCAAAGAUUGGAUCCAAACAUUCAACAAAAGAGAAAACAUGGGACAAAAGCUGCUUUAGAAGAUGUGAGUUGUGCUGGUCUAGAUGGAACUCCAUGGCCAGAAGAGAAAGAGAGAAACAAAGAGGAACAGAAUCAGGAUAACAAAGAAUACUAUAAAGAUAAUAAAGCGUCUCCUUUAUCGGAGAUUGAGUUUGUAGAUACACGAAAGCCUGUGUCCCGUGUUAUGCACGGAACUGCGGAUGCUAAACAAGAUGGAGAUGUGAUUGGUUGGUUGCCGGAGCAGGUUGAAACUGCAGAGGAGACUCUGUUGAGGGCUGCUGAGAUGUGGCGGCAGAGGGCUAUGCGUGGUGACCCUCAUGCACCUCAUUCAAGAGUUCUUAGAGCUCUUCGUGGUGAAGACUUUUGAAUUUAGCACUACUGGUUUGAGGGUUCGA